GGAUGAAGGAGGUAGGGGAGGCCCUGCGGGGGCUCGAGGAAUUCGCUAGGUGGGUUUUCAGGCUUCUGGGUGUGCUUUCAAACGGCCAGAGGGCGUGAGGCUUCCGCCUUGGCCGCCACCUCCCAGCCCAGCUGUGGUGUUUGCUGCCGGCCUUUCCCGGCACUUCCUCGUUCCCGCGCGCCCCGGGCGCAGCUCCCUGUACCCAGCGCCGGCGCUCCUCAGACCGGAGGGGGCCGGAGGGGAGAUGUCGCAACCGCCUCCCUCCCUCUUUCCCCGCCUUGGCACUCAGUCGCCUCCCAGAUGAGCACUCUCUCAGACCGCUGCUGGCCGCCGGGACCCGGGAAUGUACUCUGAAUGCGCGCGGGCUGCGGGCUACGCGCCCCUGCGAAGCCUGGAGAGAGCCAACCGCACCCGCUUCCCCUUCUUCUCCGACGUCAAGGGAGACCACCGGCUGGUGCUGACCGCGGUGGAGACAACCGUGCUGGCGCUCAUCUUUGCAGUGUCGCUGCUGGGCAACGUAUGUGCCCUGGUGCUAGUGGCGCGCCGGCGACGCCGCGGCGCGACCGCCUGCCUGAUGCUCAACCUCUUCUGCGCGGACCUGCUCUUCAUCAGCGCGAUCCCGCUGGUGCUGGCCGUGCGCUGGACCGAGGCCUGGCUGCUGGGCCCCGUCGCCUGCCACCUGCUCUUCUACGUGAUGACCUUGAGCGGCAGCGUCACCAUCCUCACGCUGGCCGCGGUCAGCCUGGAGCGCAUGGUGUGCAUCGUGCGCCUGCAGCGCGGCGUGCGGGGUCCUGGGCGGCUGGCGCGGUCAGUGCUGCUGGCGUUCAUCUGGGGCUACUCGGCGCUCGCCGCUCUGCCGCUCUGCGUCUUCUUCCGAGUCCUCCCGCAGCGGCUUCCCGGCGCCGACCAGGAAAUUCCGAUUUGCACACUGAUGUGGCCCACCAUUCCUGGAGAGAUCUCGUGGGAUGUGUCUUUUGUUACUUUGAACUUCUUGGUGCCAGGACUGGUCAUUGUGAUCAGUUACUCCAAAAUUUUACAGAUCACAAAGGCAUCAAGGAAGAGGCUCACGGUGAGCCUGGCCUAUUCGGAGGACCACCAGAUCCGCGUGUCCCAGCAGGACUUCCGGCUGUUCCGCACACUCUUCCUGCUCAUGAUCUCCUUCUUCAUCAUGUGGAGCCCCAUCAUCAUCACCAUCCUCCUCAUCCUGAUCCAGAACUUCAAGCAGGACCUGGUCAUCUGGCCGUCCCUCUUCUUCUGGGUGGUGGCCUUCACAUUUGCUAACUCGGCCCUAAACCCCAUCCUCUACAACAUGACACUGUGUAGGAAUGAGUGGAAGAAAAUUUUCUGCUGCUUCUGGUUCCCAGAAAAGGGAGCCAUUUUAACAGACACAUCUGUCAAAAGAAAUGACUUGUCAGUUAUUUCCAGCUAACUAGUUUUUCUUUAUAGGCUGAGUUUCUCAUACCUGGCAAGCUGUGGCAUGCUUUUAAACAGAAUUCAUUUCCAGGACCCUCCACCAGCGUACCCUGCUUUAAGAAAAUGAACCUAUGCAAAUAAACAUCUACAGCAUCGGCAAAUUAAGGGAUGAUCAUCCAGUUUCACAAUAAAAUUCCUUUAUAAAAGGAUUUGUUAACUGAGUGCGGUGGCUUACACCUGUAAUCCCAGCACUUUGGGAAGCUGAGGCAGGUGGAUCACCUGAGGUCAGGAGUUUGAGACCAACCUGACCAACAUGGUGAAACCAUGUCUCUACCAAAAAUAGCUGGGCGUGGUGGUGGGCAUCUGUAAUCCCAGCUACUUGGGAGGUUGAGGCAGGAGAAUCGCUUGAACCUGGGAGGCAGAGGUUGCAGUGAGCCAAGAUUGUGCCAUUGCACUCCAACCAGGGCAACAAGAGCGAAACUCUGUCUAAAAAAAAAAAAGGAUUUGUUAUGGGUUCCUUUUAAAUGUGAACUUUUUAAGUGUGUUUGUAAUAUGAUCGAAUUUAAUAAAUAUUUGUUUAUGACUGUUCA